AUGAUAAAAAAAGAAAUAUCAACAUUAGAAUCAAGUCUACCAAAUGAAUUGUAUGCCCUUAUUUUUCUCUAUUUAAAAUCUAUUGAUCUUAUUUAUUCAUUUUUCAAUCUAAAUGAUCGUUUUAAUAAUCUUAUUUAUCCAUUUUUAUGUGCAAUAGAUUUAUCUAAUGUUGAUGAACGUAGCUUGGAAAAAUAUCAUCAAACAAUUUUACCAAAAGUUCAACAUUAUAUCAAAGCAAUUAAAGUUGAUGAUAAAAAUGUUGAUUCCGUUCCCAUUAUCAUUAUAUUCAAAAAUAUAUCCGACGCUUGA